AUUUAGGCUUAUGUUUUCCUCGUAGCACGUAAGACUGUAUUAUUGAUUCAGAGUUGUGUUUUUAAAUAAAAAUAGGAGACUUAUGGAGAAAAUGACCAGCACUAAUGACAUUCAUGGCCUUUUUCCUGUGUGCAGAUGGCAUGCCUUGUGAAAAUGAAAGUGUGUGUAUAACCAUGUGUGUGUUUAGGGCCGUAUGGAUAAUAGUCAAGUGAGAAGAGUUUAUACUAAUGUGAACUCGGUUUAAUGCUUCAUACCUCAGACUGAUUCGAUCAAUCUUGCACGUGUGAUUUUGAGAUUUAUUUGUUUUGUAGUACUUCCUCACUGCAUGCUUGGGACUUCCGGUGUACUUUCUGGAACUCUUUUCCACGAGGUCUCGAAUCGGUUCUAUGCUGAAAUCGUGGACUUCAGUAAUGGCACAACAGGAGAGAAUCGGAGUAGUGCUGCUGGCAUGUGGCUCCUUCAACCCCAUCACCAAUAUGCACCUACGCAUGUUUGAGCUGGCACGAGAUCACCUGGAAGAUACUGGACAGUACAGAGUAGUGAAGGGCAUCAUCUCUCCUGUUGGUGAUGCUUAUAAGAAGAAGGGUCUGAUUGAGGCACGUCAUCGGGUGGCGAUGGCCAGGUUGGCGACCGAGAGCUCCAGCUGGAUCAGUGUGGAUGACUGGGAGACCCAGCAGGCUGAGUGGGUGGAAACAGCCAAAGUUAUCAGACACCAUCAUGCUGAGUUAUCACUAGUAGAGGAGAACCAUGACGAGGUGGACACAGUCAAGCUCACAAAGAAGAGAAGACUGGAGCAAAAUGAGGAAAGUUCAUCAGCUCACAGAAGAUCAGAAACUCUUCAGCUCAAGCUGUUGUGUGGAGCAGACGUAUUGGAGUCCUUCAGCAUCCCCAAUAUGUGGAAGAAUGAGGAUAUCGCAGAGAUUGUGGGCCGCUUUGGGCUUGUGUGCAUCACCAGGAAUGGUUGUGAUGCAGAGAAGUGUGUCUACCAGUCUGAUGUGCUCCACAAACACCGUAAGAACAUCCACAUCGUGAGGGAAUGGGUGACCAAUGAUCUCUCUGCCACACAUGUGAGACGAGCCGUGCGCAGGGGCCAGAGCGUGCGCUACCUGCUGCCCAAGCCUGUGCUGCAGUACAUCCAAGAUCAACAUCUGUACAGUCCUGAGAGUGAGCAGAAGAAUGCAGAUGUCGUCCUUGCUCCUCUUCAGAGAUACGGCAGUAAAACUGAAUAAGCUACUGCAGUGUGUGUGUACACAUGUAUGUUGCCAAACACUUGCUGCAUAGAGCCAAUGCACUUCACUAGCUGCAGUGAAGAUACAGUUGACUCCUUUUAAUACACUAUAUAUAUAUAUAUAUAUAUAUAUAUAUAUAUAUAUAUAUAUAUAUAUAUAUAUCUUUCAUAAAAUAAUUAGUUUGAUAGGAAUGAUUGAAUCCGGGUUUACACAUACAAGUGAU